CCUCACAUGCACCGGACUGACUACUGACGAUAUUUAAUUUUUAAAUUCGGGACUGCCGCAGAGAGAAACGGUUUGUGUGGAUAUCAUUACCUAUUUGAGAGGGCUGUUGUAGUCAUCAUAAGCAUACUUUGUGCAGUCGUCUGAGUUUUUUGAAACAUGCUACAACAGUGACGUGAUUUAAUGCUGUGCCCGCUGCAUGCAUCUGCUAUUUGUGAGAGAGCCACUUUCUGGACAUGUUGUAUUGUUAUCGUGACUAGUCGGCUAUUCUUUUUGUAAACGUACCAUGACUGUUUUGUAGUUAGCUGGUGAUUGAACCCUGGCGAGGUCAAAGUCAUACCUUCUUACUGCAAUUGUGUCUACAUCUACCCGCUAAACAGUGGUCUAGCUGAUAAAGAGUGGUAGUUAAUAAAAAUCAAAACGGCUUGGGACGUAGCUGGAUCAUUUGUAACAUUCGAAACACAGCUGAUUCACCACUUCAAUUGAACCAGUUUUCUAUGUAAGGGUGACACUGUAAUAAAACAUUGUAAACAGUUACUGAUUACAAGGUCAAGUCGCUGCGGGGUGGGGGUAGCAGUGUAGUCAUUGUCCAGGGUCUAGUUACCUGUCAAAUGUGGACUUAAUUAAUCGAUGUUUCAGUCAUUGGAUGUCAGUUAAGAGUUAGUCAGACAUAUUCAUACAUAGUUCAUGGAACGCCAAAUGAUUAAAUAAGAUUUCCAAGGCGAACCCCUAUCAGAUAGUUAGUUGUAUAUUAUAGAUUUUAGGCGGAAAAUAGUUUGAAAUUCUGUUCAAACAUUGAAAAACACUAUUUUGAAAUUAGACCGUUGCUUUGUUGUAACCAACGAGGCAAUAUUUUAUCUCUACCUUAUGCUCAGAGCUGUCAGUCUUCUAACUCUCUGAAUUCGGCCUCGGAUGCGUGCAGCUACCGGGUGGGGCUAAAGCGUUGGAUGAUUGAAAAUAACACUUUGGCUGUAGUCAAGGCAAUAAUUGCUGUCGGUCCCUUGACAAGAAAUCUCUGAUACGGAGAACAAUGGCUAAACCGGAGUCGAAACGAAGUGCCCUGCCUCUUAACACUAGCCGGUCGACCACUGCAUCAGAGGAACAGGUCAACAACGGGUCAGUCAACCUGUCUCCAUCCACCGGGUCCCUCGACUCAACCGCCUCAACUGCACCAAACCGAUCUAAAUCUGCUAAGCAAACAUCGCGCGAGAACAUGCCGCGACGGACUACAGAGAGUGUGGUGUUCGACGACGGAACCAACACCUUUUUCUGGAGAGCACACACUUUGACUGUACUGUUCAUCCUUACCUGCGCCCUGGUCUAUGUUACCCUGCUCGAAGAAACACCCCAGGACACCGCUUUCAACACUAAAAGAGGGAUUGUGGCAAGUAUCCUGGUAUUCCUUUGCUUUGGAGUUACGCAGGCAAAAGAUGGACCCUUCACACGACCACACCCAGCGUACUGGCGCUUCUGGCUGUGUGUUUCAGUUGUUUAUGAGCUUUUCCUCAUCUUUAUCCUCUUCCAGACAGUACAGGAUGGGCGGAAGUUCAUGAAGUACAUUGAUCCCAAGCUGGGUGUUCCCUUACCAGAGAGAGACUAUGGAGGAAACUGCCUCAUCUAUGACCCAGGGAAUGAGACAGAUCCUUUCCACAACAUCUGGGACAAGAUGGAUGGCUUUGUUCCUGCUCAUUUUCUUGGCUGGUACAUAAAGACCCUGAUGAUCAGAGACUGGUGGAUGUGUAUGAUCAUCAGUGUGAUGUUUGAGUUUCUGGAGUACAGCCUGGAGCACCAGUUGCCCAACUUCUCAGAGUGCUGGUGGGACCAUUGGAUAAUGGAUGUACUAGUGUGUAAUGGCUUGGGCAUCUACUGUGGCAUGAAGACCUUGGGCUGGCUUUCAAUGAAACCUUAUCAGUGGCAGGGACUUUGGAACAUUCCAACAUACAAGGGGAAGAUCAAGCGUAUUGCAUUUCAGUUCACCCCUUACAGCUGGGUGAAGUUUGAGUGGAGGCCAGCGUCCAACCUGCGUAGGUGGCUGGCUGUACUUGGCAUCAUCUUUGUGUUCUUGCUGGCUGAGCUGAACACAUUCUACCUGAAAUUUGUGCUUUGGAUGCCUCCUGAACAUUACCUGGUGUUGCUGCGUUUGGUCUUCUUUGUGAAUGUGGGUGGUGUAGCAAUGAGAGAGAUCUAUGACUUCAUGGAUGACCCGAAGUUUCACAAGAAGCUUGGUCAGCAGGCAUGGUUGGUGGCUGCCAUAACCGUGACUGAGUUCCUCAUAGUUGUCAAGUACGAUCCCAACACCAUCAUGCUUCCUAUUCCUGUCUUCGUCAUUCAGUUCUGGAUCCUGGGCAUCGUUCUUAUCCUCACCUGGACGAUAUGGCGUUUUUUCAUCCGGGACAUUACGCUUCGCUACAAGGAGACCCGUCGUCGCAAACAGGAGGGGGCAGGAGAGAGAGAGAGAACCAAUGGCAGCGGCAACACAUCGACCAACUCGGGCCGGAGCAAACUCAACGGCAACACGGAAUCAGUCCGGCAAAGGAAGUCCUGAACCUCACUCUCUUCGGGAGUGCAGCCUGUCUGUACGGGAUGAGGGAAGGGACAAAAAAAAAAAAAAAAACAAGCAGUAAAGAGGAGUAGAAGCACAACUCUGCACCUGCAGCUGUCAGAGCGCAUGCAGACGAGAGCUGACAUCGCAGUGCUGGUACUGUGAUGACUGAGUGUGCGUGCAUGCGUGCGUGUGUGUGUGUGUGUGUGUGUGUUUGUCAGUCUGUCUGAAUGGGAUUCAGACAUUCCUAUGCUGGCUACUCACUCUUAUAAUUAGUCACAGAGUAAGUAGGGCUGAGAGAGAGAGAGAGAGAGAGAUGGGUGGUGGGGAGUUGGCAAUCAUUAAAAUCACGUGAAUUACCUCUUUAUUUUGUUUAAGCGUUUUUGGGGAAAUAAAUCAUUAUGGUGCAAUUUGUGCCUCUGAGUCUAUAUAUGUAUAUAUAUGUGUGUGUGUGUGUGUGUGUGUGUAUAUCCUUUAAAACUGGGUGGAUUGGGAGAAUUCUAUUGACCAUUGGGAUGGUGAGAAAACAAGAAUGUGAGAAUUAGAGUUUCUAGGGCCAUCAGAACACAUUUGUUGUUUGUGGAGGCUGCAAAGGAAAUCUUUGCUUCACCUCUGCUAUUAAAACCUAACACAAACAUUGCAUUUUUAAGAUAUUUCUGGCUAGAAUAUCUUUUUUUUUUUUUUUUUCCUUUUCACACUAGAGAUGCCACAUGCAGUUUUGCAUACAGUUGUUUAUGUGUCCCUAAGGAGGUGAGAGGGAGGGGUUUUGAGUUCAUUUUUUUUGUUUUUCUGCUUUGCGGUGCUAUUCAUGACCUCAGCCACAGAGACCCAGACUCUCAGUCAGAACAUUGUUCACUGACGCAACGGUCAGUUCAGUUCAGUCAAGUACGAAUCAUGUGGCUGUCGUGUGCUUGUGCCACAUUUACAUUCACACAGACAUGGAAAGAUAUUUUACAGACAGUCUCACGGCCUUGACACAAAUGCCAACGAUAUGUAACGUAAGACUGGAGCGUCGUCCGUAACUCCACCGUAAUACUUUUCUAUGAGAUUGUGUUUGUUCUACAGUCUUUCACAUAGGUCAGUUAUGAGUGUUUUAGUAGAUGCUGUCUAUAAGAGUAAUGUGUGCGGCUUGGCCGUAAUGCUCUGACAGGGAGGAUGUAACUCGUGAAACAGUCCAAAUCAUAUUAACAGUCAGGAACGUGUUCCACAACACGCAUUUCUUUUACGAACAAAAAUGUAGAAUUAAUUAUAAUGUAAUAAAGUGUAGUAAUAAUUAUAUAAUUAUAUUU